CCUGAUGCACAACAUAUCAGUGCCCUGCCAAGUGGGAACCGUCUUGUGUAGUUGGACGACACACUAACAAGCACCACUUGCUGCUGAGUUCCAUCUUGGGAAGCCACCAUGAACGAAUCCAUCCCCACCAUGGACCCUCGCUGCCAGGAGAAGCCGCCGCUGGCUUUGGACAUCAUCCUCCAGUUGGACUUGUUCGGUGUGAUCUUGUACUCUGUGCUCACCUUCAUGGCGGUGGUCUCCAUGCUGAUCUUCAUAGAGGAGUGUGUUUAUAUUUAUAAGAAAGUGCCUGCCCAGAAGAAAAGUACCAUCAUUUGGGUCAAUGGAGCGGCACCCGUGAUUGGCACCAUGUCCUGUCUGGGGAUGUGGAUCCCCCGAGCCACCAUGUUUACUGAUAUGACCUCAGCUUGCUACUUUGCCAUAGUGGUGUUCAAGUUCCUCAUCUUGAUGAUCGAGGAGGUGGGCGGCGACGAGGCGUUCCUGCGGCGGGCGCCAAAGCACCAAUUAAGGAUCAGCACGGGGCCAUGUUGCUGCUGCUGCCCGUGUCUGCCGCAUGUGGCCAUCACACGGCGCUCUCUUUUCCUGCUCAAACUUGGCUCCUUCCAGUUUGCUCUGCUCAAGAUCGUCUUUACCAUCCUGUCCAUCGUCCUGUGGACCAACGGGACCUUCGACCUGGCUGACCUGAGCAUCACAGGAUCAGCAAUAUGGAUCAACCCCUUUGUGGGCAUCUUGACCAUCAUCGCCCUGUGGCCCGUAGCCAUCACUUUCAUGCACCUCAGGAUCACUUUACGCAGCAUCAAGAUCAUCCCCAAGUACGCCAUGUACCAGCUGGUGCUGAUCCUGAGCCAACUACAGAGUGCGAUCAUCAACAUUUUGGCUUUGAACGGAACCAUCGCCUGCGCACCGCCGUUCUCUUCCGCCGCCAGAGGAUACAUGAUGAGUCAGCAGCUGUUGAUCCUGGAGAUGUUCAUCAUCACGCUGGUCACGCGUCUGCUGUAUCGCCGCCUCUACGACCCGCUGCCCGAGGAGGAAAGCGACGACAGUGACGAAAACGCCAAAAUGGUUACCUUGCAGAAAUCUGUAUGAGUAGGUCGUAAAGGUGCCGUUUUGUUUAAUGCGUGCACGCCAUUUGUAUCCUCGUGUGUGGAUUUCAUCAGGCGAUGAUGGGGUGUUCAAUUGACUGGGCAGACUUCCUGGUUGCACAAACUUUAAGGAGUGGAGGAACUUCACUGCCAAUUCUUCUCAGGUUGUUGCCAUCAUAAAACCUCAAAACAUUUGGGCAAGAACAUGUUGCGUUUCAAGUGUCAUAAGUAAUUAUUUUGAGAGGGGAUGUUUCAAUAGAUAAUUUUUAUUACUGGGAUGAAUAACAAUAAAUCUAUUGAAUAUAA